UCUCUCUUCUUUCUCAAUCUACAAUCAUACACAAAUUCCGUUCUCUCUUUCUCAAUUCAAGAUUUGAAUAGUAAAAAUCAUAGCAAUUCAAUUCAAUUCUACAACAUCAUUCAAAACGAUAAUCACUAAACAAGAUCAAUCACAAAGGAGAAGAAUCAGUAAACAGAUCAAUCAUGUCUUGUUCGUCGUCCAGCGGUUCUGAGGAAGAAGAUGAGUGCGUCGAAUCAUACAGGAAAGGAGGUUAUCAUGCCGUCCGUAUAGGCGAUACCUUCUCCAGAGGUCGUUACAUCGCUCAGAGGAAGCUCGGUUGGGGCCAAUUCUCCACCGUUUGGCUCGCUUACGAUACGAAUACCUCCAAUUAUGUUGCACUGAAGAUUCAAAAAAGUGCACCACAAUUUGCACAAGCAGCUCUUCAUGAGAUUGAACUCCUCUCCGCCAUUGCUGAUGGCGAUACUUCCAAUAGUAAAUAUGUUAUAAGGUUAAUUGAUCACUUCAAACAUGGAGGUCCAAAUGGACAACAUUAUUGUAUGGUCCUUGAAUUUCUUGGUGACAGUUUACUCAGAUUGAUCAGAUAUAAUCGAUACAAAUGCCUUGAAUUAAGCAAAGUAAGAGAUAUCUGCAAAUGCAUUUUGAUUGGUUUAGACUACCUUCAUCGAGAACUUGGGAUUAUACACACGGAUCUAAAACCUGAAAAUGUUCUUCUUCUUUCGACUAUUGAUCCUUCCAAAGAUCCUAUUAGGUCUGGUCUAGCACCAGUGUUGGAAAGACCAGAGGGAAAUCCAAAUGGAGUGAGUAUAAACAUUAUUGAGAAGAAGCUGAAAAGGAGGGCAAGAAGGGCAGUGGCUAGAAUAUCAGAAAGAAGAGUUGCAAUGGGAGUAGUGGGAAUUGAUCGAAAGCCUGAAAGAUGUCUAGAUGGAAUUGAUAUGAGGUGUAAGGUUGUUGAUUUUGGAAAUGCUUGUUGGGCUGAUAAGCCUUUUGCUGAUGAAAUUCAAACGAGACAAUAUAGAGCUCCUGAGGUUGUUCUUCGUUCUGGUUAUUCAUUUUCGACAGACAUGUGGUCUUUUGCUUGCAUGGCGUUUGAAUUAGCUGCUGGUGAGAUGUUGUUUACACCCAAGGCUGGUCGUGACUAUAGUGAAGAUGAGGAUCAUCUUGCUCUUAUGAUGGAACUCCUAGGGAAAAUGCCAAAGAAAAUUGCUAUAGGAGGUGCUUUAUCGAAAGACUAUUUCGAUAGACAUGGAGAUUUGAAGAGAAUUCGGAGACUAAAAUACGUGCCAUUGGAUCAAUUACUGGUUAGUAAGUUUAAAUUCAAAGAAUCAGAUGCAAAGGAGUUUGCAGCAUUUCUUUGUCCACUUUUCGAUUUUGCACCCGAAAAGAGACCAACCGCACAACAAUGUCUGCAACAUCCAUGGCUGAAUGUCGAGAAUCUAAGUAAGGAUAAAGUGAAAUGUGAACCUUGUGUUAAGAAUGUCAAUAUGGGGAUGGGCAAACUUCAGAUUAAUGCAGGAAAGUAAGGUAUCAAACUCAUAAUGCUACUUUUACUAUUACUAAUUUUCUUUAAUUCUUGGGUUUUUCAUGUUAUAAAUUUUUUUUGGGGGGUUAUACCCAAAAUUGCAAUAAAAUGUUUGAUUUUUAUUGUUUAACAAGUGUGUAUAGUGUUGAUUUAACAAACAUGUAUAUUACAUGAUUUUUGUAUUUUGUGAGGAUUUAAUGAUAAACUCUAUGAAUUGGGUUUUGACUU